AGGCCUUUGGUUAAAAUGUGCGGGAUUACAUCAGCAAAAGAUGCUGCAAUGGCUGCAGAAGCUGGUGCUGAUUUUAUUGGGAUGAUUAUUUGGCCCAAUUCAAAACUUUCUGUUUCACUUUCGGAAGCGAAGGAAAUUUCAAAAGUUGCAAGGGAAUAUGGGGCAGAGCCUGUUGGAGUAUUUGUGGAUGAUGAUGUAGACACGAUUUUAAGAGCUUCUGAUCAUGCAUCGAACCUUGAACUUGUGCAGCUUCAUGGAAAUGGUUCUCGAGAGGAUUUUCCGGUUAUAUUGCAAGAGAAGCGACUAAUAUAUGUUCUUCAUGCAAAUGAAGAUGGAAACUUUCUAAACCAAAUUUCUGAUGAAGAAUGCUCUCUAAUUGAUUGGAUUCUUGUGGAUAGAGAAAAAGACAAAAUAUUCUCUCUUUAG